AUGUCAGAAACUUCCUCCCAUGACUCCUUCUACGAUUCUCUAUCGGACAUGCAGGAAGAAACCAAGAAUGCUGACUUCUUCCCUGAGCUAUCUGCUUUUCUCAGCCAGGAAGAGAUAAACAGGAGUCUUGACCUGGCCCGGAGAGCCAUAGCUGACUCUGAAACAGAUUUUGACUCUGAAAAGGAGAUCUCGCAGAUUUCCAGCACGCCUCCUGCAAACCUCUGUGAAAAACCCUCCCACAAGGAGACCAAACUGGGUGAGCAGACCUCCUCAGGAAGACCCCAGGAUGACAGGGCAACACCUGUCCAGCCUCUGGCGGAAGAACAAACUAUCUCUUCACCUGUUUCAAAGAGGAAACCGGCCGUAUCACCCCUGCUUGCCAGCCCCAGCUAUAUCCGGAGCCUCCGAAAGGCUGAAAAACGUGGUGCAAAAGCCCCGAAUCCAAGCGUGAAGCCCAAACCCGCAUGCAAAGGGAAGGCUGGUCCCCAGAGCCAGCUGUGUGACAAGGCGGCCGAGCUCAUCGAGGAGCUCACAUCCAUAUUUAGAGACGCGGCCAAGCCGAGAAACAGGAGCUCGAAUGGGGAGUCCUCGUCACCAGACAGCGGGUACCUGUCUCCUAAAAAUCAGCCGUCAGCCCGGCCGAGUGCCUCAGCCAGCCAGAGCCCCACUGAAGACCAGCAGGAGACGGAAGCAGAGGCCAAGUUCCCCGAGGCCGGGCCCGGCUUCCAGGCAGACCCCGCCGCGCCCGGGCCGCGCAAGAGCGUGUCUCACCUGCAGCCCCAGGAAGCACUGACCUGCCCGGCUGCACCUCGGUUCCUCCAAAAGCUGAGGAGCCAAGAAGUGGCAGAAGGCAGUAGAGUCUACCUGGAAUGCAGAGUCACUGGAAACCCAGCUCCUCGAGUCAGAUGGUUCUGUGAAGGGAAAGAGCUGCACGACACUCCUGAUAUUCAAAUCCACUGUGAGGGUGGAGAUCUGCAUACCCUGGUCAUUGCAGAGGCUUUUGAGGACGACACAGGUCGCUAUACCUGCUUGGCUACAAAUCCCAGUGGCUCAGACACGACAUCUGCUGAAGUGUUCAUUGAAGGUGCCAGUUCAACAGAUUCUGACAGUGAAAUUUUAGCUUUCAAAUCAAAACCUGGAGCUAUGCCACAAGCUCAAAAGAAAGCAACUUCCGUUUCCUUCACAAUAGGGUCAUCAUCUCCCAAAACAGGAGUGACCACAGCUGUGACUCAGCCCUUAUCUGUCCCCGUUCAACAGGUUCACAGCCCAACUUCGUAUCUUUGCCGCCCUGAUGGAACCACUUCUGCCUGCUUUCCUCCUGUUUUCACAAAGGAACUGCAAAACACAACGACUUCAGAGGGCCAGGUUGUGGUUCUGGAAUGCCGGGUCCGAGGAGCUCCUCCUUUGCAAGUCAAGUGGUUCCGGCAAGGCAAUGAAAUCCAAGACUCCCCCGAUUUCAGAAUUCUACAGAAAAAACCUAGAUCUACAGCUGAACCUGAGGAGAUUUGUACACUGGUUAUCGCCGAGACUUUCCCUGAAGAUGCAGGCAUCUUUACAUGCUCUGCAAGAAACGAUUAUGGAUCAGUAACCAGCACAGCCCAGCUGGUUGUCACCUCAGCCAACACUGAAAACUAUACCUAUGACUCAAUGGGAGAAUCCAACAAUGACCACUUCCAACACUUUCCACCUCCCCCUCCAAUUUUGGAGACAAGUUCCUUUGAGUUGGCUUCAAAAAAACCAUCUGAGAUCCAGCAGGUGAACAGCCCUGAGUUAGGACUCAGUAUGGCAGCCCUUCAAAUGCAAUUCAAGUCUGCUGAGAGGGAAACGAACGGAGUCCACCGCAGCCAUGGAGUAAAUGGACUGAUUAACGGCAAAGCUAACAACAAUAAAUCUCCUCCAAAACCAGUUGUCCUGCUUUCACCCACUAAGGAGCCACCACCUCUGCUUGCCAAACCAAAACUAGACCCUCUGAAAAUUCAGCAACUCCAGAACCAAAUCCGACUGGAGCAGGAGGCCAGCGCCAAGCAGCCCCAGCAGGCCGGCGCCCCGCGGAGCGCGCCCCCGUCGCCGCCCUUCCCGCCGCCGCCCGCCUUCCUGGAGCUCGCGGCCUGCGCGGCGCCUGCCUCCCCGGAGCCCAUGAGCGCGCUCGCCUCCCGCUCCGCCAUGCAGUCCUCCGGCUCCUUCAACUAUGCGCGCCCCAAGCAGUUCAUCGCCGCGCAGAACCUCGGCCCCGCGUCCGGACACGGCACGCCGGCCUCCAGCCCCAGCUCCUCCAGCCUCCCGUCGCCUAUGUCCCCCACGCUGAAGCAGUUCGGCCGCGCGCCCGCGCCGCCCUUCGCGCAGCCCUUCGGCGCCGAGGUCGAGGCCCCGUGGGGCCCGUCCUCGCCGUCGCCGCCGCCGCCGCCGCCCCCAGUCUUCAGCCCCACGACGGCGUUCCCGGUGCCCGACGUGUUCCCGCUGCCGCCGCCGCCGCCGCCGCUCCCGAGCCCGGGCUCGGCUUCCCACUGCCCAUCGCCUGCAGCUCGCUUCGGCCACAGCCAGACGCCGGCGGCCUUCCUCAGCGCCCUGCUUCCCUCGCAGCCGGCGCCCGUCGCAGUCAACGCCCUGGGGCUGCCCAAGGGCGUCACCCCCGCGGGAUUUCCAAAGAAGGCCAGUAGAACUGCUAGAAUAGCCUCUGAUGAGGAGAUCCAAGGCACAAAGGAUGCCGUCAUUCAAGACCUGGAACGAAAACUUCGCUUCAAGGAGGAGCUCCUGAGCAAUGGCCAGCCGAAGUUAACAUAUGAAGAAAGAAUGGCUCGUCGACUACUAGGUGCUGACAGUGCAACUGUCUUUAACAUGCAAGAGCCAGAAGAGGAAACGCCGAAUCAGGAAAUUGGGUCUCCUCAUGCUUCUGUAGGGAAUCCUCUGGAUGGUCAAAAGGAAUACAAAGUCUCCAGCUGUGAACAGAGACUCAUCAGUGAAAUAGAGUACAGGCUAGAAAGGUCUCCUGUGGAUGAAUCAGGUGAAGAAGUUCAAUACGGGGACCUGCCUGUGGAAAAUGGAGUGGCACCGUUCUUUGAGAUGAAGCUGAAACAUUACAAGAUCUUUGAGGGGAUGCCUGUAACUUUCAGUUGCAGAGUGGCUGGGACUCCAAAGCCAAAGAUUUAUUGGUUUAAAGAUGGGAAACAGAUCUCUCCAAAGAGUGAUCACUACACCAUUCAAAGAGAUCUCAAUGGGACCUGCUCUCUCCAUACCACAGCUUCCACCUUAGAUGAUGACGGCAAUUAUACAAUUUUGGCUGCAAACCCUCAGGGCCGGAUCAGCUGUACCGGGCGGCUGAUGGUGCAGGCUGUCAACCAAAGAGGCCGCAGUCCCCGUUCCCCCUCAGGCCAUCCUCACGCCAGAAGGCCCCGUUCCAGAUCAAGGGACAGUGGAGAUGAAAAUGAACCAAUUCAGGAGCGAUUCUUCAGACCUCACUUCUUGCAGGCUCCUGGAGAUCUGACUGUUCAAGAAGGAAAACUCUGCAGAAUGGAUUGCAAAGUCAGUGGGUUACCAACGCCAGACCUAAGCUGGCAACUAGAUGGAAAGCCAAUACGCCCCGACAGUGCUCACAAGAUGCUUGUGCGUGAGAACGGGGUGCACUCUCUGAUCAUAGAGCCAGUCACGUCACGAGAUGCUGGCAUCUACACGUGCAUAGCCACCAACCGAGCGGGACAGAACUCCUUCAGCCUGGAGCUCGUGGUUGCUGCUAAAGAAGCACACAAACCCCCUGUGUUUAUCGAGAAGCUGCAAAACACGGGAGUUGCUGAUGGAUACCCAGUGCGCCUGGAAUGUCGUGUUUCCGGAGUGCCGCCGCCUCAGAUAUUUUGGAAGAAAGAAAAUGAGUCACUCACUCACAGCACUGACCGAGUGAGCAUGCACCAGGAUCAUCAUGGCUACAUCUGCCUGCUCAUUCAGGGAGCCACAAAAGAGGACGCCGGGUGGUAUACCGUGUCAGCCAAGAAUGAAGCUGGGAUCGUGUCCUGUACUGCAAGGCUGGAUGUUUACACCCAGUGGCAUCACCAGCCACAGAGCACCAAGCCAAAAAAAGUACGGCCCUCAGCUAGUCGUUAUGCAGCACUGUCGGAUCAGGGACUAGACAUCAAAGCAGCGUUCCAGCCUGAGGCCAACCCAUCUCAUCUGACACUGAACGCCGGCUUGGUGGAAAGUGAGGACCUGUAAUCCAACGUUCUUGUUAAAGCUGAAACACUGAAACCGCCAUUGCCUUGACCAACAUAAUCCUCUGUCACAUUAUGUAAAAGGCAGAAACAUACCUUUGACUAUAAGAUAUAAAAAAAACCACCAAAAUAAUAUUUUCUUACUUGAUAUACCAAACGUAUAAGUAGGUGAUGCUAAUAGAAAUGUACACGUUGCACAGAAAAUUCACAUUCAUCAUCCAAUUUAAAAUUUUGGAAUUGCUGUGAUUAAUGUGGUCUAAAAUGCCAAAUGCUAAAGGAAAUCAGUUAUUCAAAGGUAACCAUAAUUUGUGUAAUCAACAAGUGCCUUUAAACACAAGCUGUAGGUGCUAUGUAGCAUGAUAGUGUGAAAUGCUUAACAUGAGGCAAUUGUAGUACAAAUAAUACCAAACUGAGUCUAAAGUGGCAGUGUAUUCAGACAGCUGCAGUGAACCAAGUGCAAUAUGUAGGGAUGAAAAAGCAAGAGGAAACGACAAAGAAAUCCAAGUGAAUGCCUUGUCUUUGCAAAUUGUUUUAUAGUAAAUCAUAAGGAACUACUUGCCUUAAAUUUUGUUAAUAUCAAGAGUUUCCUAAACAAGGUUAAGUACUUUAAUUCUUAACUUUUUUCCUUUAUGUGUAGUAUUCUCUUUUCAUGCCACCUUGAUAGGAAGCUUAUUUACAAACCAUAUUAAAAGGCUAAUUUAAGUAUAAAUAAUAUAAAGUAUUCUGAAUAAAGCAGAAAUAUAUUACAGUCCAUUCCACAAAAGGCAUCCAAACCACCCAAAUGACCAAGGCAUAUAGUGUUUGGAAGGGAGAAGAAUGAAGGAAAAUGCUACUAGCAUAAUUACGCUGUAUUCAUUUAGAUAAAAAGUAGAGCAGGAGAGGUGUCAAAGCCCAGGCUUUUCUUUGGUUUUCUUCAAAAUCAUCUAAAAUGUAGGUGAAAACAACACUGCCAUUCACAAGUCAAGGAAUUUAGGGUCAGCUGGAAGUUUGGAGCACAUGUGUUAUGGAAAUUUCAGUGUGGCUGGAGUUUGUAUAGUAGUUGAAGAGUUUAGAUGUAUAGAGCAAGUUGAAAAUGGAUCGAGACUGCAAGAUUGGCAAAAAUGAGAAAUUGCCUGUAUGAUCUAGUCUACUUGAGGGAACUGGAGACUUAGGGAGAGAAACAGGUUUGUGCGAUAAUGUAGUUUUUUAAUGGCACCAAGAUAAUGGUGAAUAGAAAAUAUUAGUUAACUUCGCUGCUGCCAUGAAACCUUGCUUUAAGAAGGUGCUGAGUUCUAAGCAGUUUGUAAAGGCAUCUCAAUAAAAACUGCGUUUUGAAUGCAGAUGAUUCUGCUUCAGAUAGAAUGAGUUGAUUCUGACCAGACUUGAUAGUUUUAAGUCGGAACCAAUAAAUCUUAAAAAGGAGAAAAAAUAAUUUGGCCUAAUAUUAUAAAACAUGAGGCUUUAAUGGUACUUUGCUAUGAAAAGAAAACACUGUUUUCCUUAUGCAAAACACAUAUAUCUUUCAUUAUUUAUAAUAAAAAUGUUGAACUCUCUUAGCUCAGUUAUUCAAUUCAAUAUGUAGUAUUUUUUUAAUAAUUUUGUAUCUGUGUACCACCCCAUAUAUUUCACAUUACUGCUUCACAUGUACAGCUUUCUACUUCUUUGUAAGAACACCAACCAACCAAGUUUUAGAUGAUUACUAGUCUUGAGCACCACAUGGCAGAUGUUCUAUCAGAGUGGUACAAGUUUCUUACGCCACACUAUAUGCAUUGCUAAUAUGGAAUUUAAGAUACAAAGUCUCUUGUGGACCUAUCUAUAUUGUAGAAUUAUGACUUAUGUCAUAUCUUACUUGCCAAAUUUUUCAGAAUGUGACAUUUUGCUAAUUUGUUGGGUUUGGGGUUAACUAGCAUUAUUUUCCACCUUUUAUGUUGUAUUUAUAAAAAAAAGUACUAUCAUACUUCUUUGGAUUGUUGUGCUGGUGUAAUGUGGAUUUAACAUCAAUAAAUAUUUAACAAAUAAUA